AUGUCGAAUACCCUGUUGUCUGCAAUAAUCAUCAAAAGGACCGCAAUACUCUCCCCCAUUAUCUGUUCUGAUGCACAUGAGCUUCUUCCCAGACCAGUGACAGUUUUGGGCAACCAUGACUAUAGAGGUGAUGUUGAGGCACAAAUGAGUCCUAUUCUUAGGGAGAAGGAUAAGAGAUGGGUAUGCAUGAGGUCCUUCAUUCUCAAUGCAGACAUUGUGGAAUUUUUCUUUGUCGAUACUACUCCAUUCGUAGAUAAAUACUUCACAGAUCCAGGGGACAAUGUUUAUGACUGGAAAGGAGUUCUUCCUCGGAAUAAUUAUCUUUCAAACCUGUUAAAUGAUGUGGAUUUGGCAUUAAAAAGUUCAUGUGCAAAAUGGAAGAUAGUUGUGGGUCAUCAUACAAUAAAAAGUGCAGGGCAACAUGGUAUCACUGAAGAGCUUGUGGUGAAUUUACUUCCCAUCCUUCAGGAAAAUAAUGUCGAUGUAUACAUGAAUGGGCACGAUCAUUGUUUGGAACACAUCAGUUGCUCCAAGAGUAAAAUUGAAUUUUUAACUAGCGGAGGUGGGUCCAAGGCAUGGAGAGGUAAUGUUAAAGAGUGGAAUCCGGAGGAAAUGAAGUUUUACUAUGAUGGGCAAGGUUUUAUGUCUGUUCAACUGGAUGAAGCUAAAGCAAAUUUCAUAUACUACGACGUUUUCGGAGAAGUUCUGCACAAAUUUAUGGUUUCCAAAGAGUUUCACUCAACUAGUUAGAGAGGUUAAAGGGGGGAUAAAUUAGCUCAAGGAGGACACUAUAACUCUCUAAUUUAGGACUUGGGAGAUUAUAAAUUCAAAAUGGAUGAUGAAUGAGAUAUUAUAAAAGUGAUCAAGGUUUGGGGGAAAAAAGGGUUGGGGUAUGUAAUUGGAUAUAAUGAAGGACAAUUAUGAAAAGUAGACCCAAAAAAUCACUAUAUAUAUGCAGUUUCAUUGUAAAAGUAAAAUGUAAACAAAAUUCACAUUUUCAUUCAUUGUAACAUGAUUUAGUACAACAAUGUUUUUCUAA